AUGGUUGGGCUGAAGAGCCCCUCAAACUUUGUUUCUGGCACUCUUCUUCUGGUUCGUGUCAAGAGACGCAUCCCUCAAAGUGUGGGGCGCAGUCUACAAGUCACAGCCCAGGGGUGUCCGCCACACGGCCAGGGAAGGGCAGACAUCAGACCAAACCCCAGAAUGAAGCACCUGCUGGUGUCCUGGCUCCGGAGGAAGAUCAUGGGGGUGGCGGAGAGGGAAACACGGAAAGUCCUGCAGCAAGCCUCGAGCGAGAAAUAUUUUCUGGUUGAUUUUGCAGAGAACGUUGGUGGGGGAGGAGAAUCCUUGGAGAAAAAGGGAAGAGAUGGGCAGAAGAAGAACAGAAAAGGCAAAGGGAAUAAAUCCCACAGAGAUGUGAAUGAGAACAACCAGGAAGUACUGAUGGCCUUUGUAGAGCAGUUGAAGGGGAACAGAAGACUUGUGGUGAUAGCCACGCCCAGUGACAGUACACCUCAGUAUGUCCAGCAGAGGGAGGAGAACGAGCUUAAUUUCUGUGACCUCGCCCUCAGGAAAGUUACUAUGGCAACCAUCCUGAGCUCAGGGUCCGAUACCACCCUCACCCUGCACCACUACCAACUUGAUUCUGAGCCUCAAUUCACCUCCCUACCAGAGAAGUUCACUGAUCCAGAUCUCAUCUCUCAACUGAUAAUGGAGUAAGGGAUGUCCUCCAAGGAUUUCUCCAUGACUGUGACUGACUACGACCCAAAGGGUCAUGAAGUAUGUCAUGUACCUCCACCCUCAUCUGCGUUGAUGGAUUAUGUUGACACCUUUCCAUCAUGACGGUCUGAAAUGGAGAGGAGGGAAACUCCUGUCGCCUGCUCCAAAUCCCAACAACAGGGUGGGCCACUGCUGAGGUUCAUGUCUAAAAGGAGACUGCUGAUCAUCUCUACUUCAUCUGAGGAUGACUACUCCUUCCAACAGUAGCUCCAGGGGCUGAGAGGGAAAGCCUGUCCUAUGGGUGUUGGUCUUUCGUCCGUCAUUUUGCUGUUCGGAACAGGACCAACAGCCUCAGGCUCUGUGGAACUGUUUCCACUCAAUGGUGAAACCAAACUGAGAACGAGCGUUUUGUCAUGGGAUGUGGUCAACGGUCUCCGGGAUCAGCUGAAGAUCAACUGGGAGUACUUCAGUGGGGUGGGGAAGGACGGAGAUAUGAAUGACUGGUUCACCUCGCCCAUGUGGUCUCUGGCCAACAUCUAGGACCUAUUGGACUCCAUGGAGCUGCGGCAGCAAGAGGAGAAGCUGCAGAGGACUUUGGGUAUUCACUGUCCUGAGGUUACUGGCGAUAGUUACCAAGGUCAUGAUGAGGAAGCAGACGAGUGAUACUUUUACCACAGGUCAGAGGUCAGAGGAGUGAAAGAGAGAACAACCCAAAGACCUUAAACACCAUGGCAGCAAGCUCAAAAUAAUGUUUAAUGGUUGUGGGUAAAACACUUGACAUAAUAACAGAUGGAAUCAUAACCAUUAAAGGA